AUGGAAGCCAUGGAUUCAAUUCUUUCAAAAAUUGCCGAGUACACAGUUGAACCCGUUGGACGCCAAGUGGGUUAUGUAAUUCACUGCAACAGAAACCUUCACCACCUACAAUAUGGAGUGAGAUGGUUAAAAGCUGAGAGAGACUAUUUAAUAACUGAGGUUGAUGCGGCUGAAAUAAUAAAUGAACGAGCUCAACCUGCUUUACAGGAUUGGCUGGCAAGAGCGGAGGCGAUCACUGUAAUGGCAGAGGACCUUCUGAGAGAUGGAAAUCGAGCAAAUCUGGAAUGUCUCCAUGGGUUUUGUCCUAAUCUGAAGUACCGUUAUCGGCUAGGCAGGAGAUCAACAGGAUUGCUGGAUGAGAUUGAGAUGUUCCUGCACAUAAAAGAAGCACUAAUCUUGCAAAUGGAGUGGGGUGUAUCCACCGGGGAGUACCAGGCUUUUCGAUCAAGGACGUCAACUGUGAGGCAAAUCAUGGAUGAACUGAAGAAGUCUAGUGCCCGCAGGAUUGGGGUGUGUGGACCUAGAGGUGUGGGUAAAACUCUACUUGGCAAAGAAGUUUAUAGGCAAGCUAGAAAAGAUAAAAAGUUAUUUGAUGAUGUGGUUAUCCUAUUAGAUGUCAAGAAAAAUCCAGACCUGGAAGUAAUUCAGAGCAAGAUUGUUCGUCAGUUAGAUAUGAAGAUUCUUGACGAUGAGAAUUUAGACGGAAGAGCAAAUCAUCUACAUGCCAGGAUACUAAACAAGAAGAUUCUUGUGAUUCUGGAUGAUGUUUGGGAACAUAUUGACUUGGAUGCUCUGGGACUUCCUAGUGUCCCUACUUGUAAGAUAUUGCUGACAUCUAUAAGUAGAGAAGCAUUAUCUGAUACAAAGAUGCAGAAGGUGUUCGCACUCGACAUUUUAACAGAAGAAGAGGCUUGGUUUCUGUUUAAGAACAAGGCAGGUGAUGUUCUUAAAGAAAACGUUAAUAUAGUAAGUGUGGCAACUCAAGUUGCUAAAAGAUGUGAAGGUUUGCCCAUCUCAAUUGUCAUAGUUGCAAGCUCUUCGAAGGGAAUAUCUACUUUGACUUCAUGGGAAAAUGCUUUGAGAUGCCUUGAAGAGUUUGAUACGGAUCACGGGAUCACACGAAGCCCACACUUGGGGAUAGAGUGGAGUUACAAUCAAUUGAAUGAUGAGGAAGUGAAGCAGUUGUUCUUGCUAUGUGGAUUUGCAAUAUGGGGAAAAGAUAUUUAUUUGCCAGCCUUGUUGAAAUUUAGUAUGGGUCUGGGCCUCUUCAGUAAGGCAUACACAAUGGAGCAAGCAAAAGAUGCAUUUCAAUCAUCGGUUGAAAAACUCAAGGAUUUUUGUCUACUGACAGACAGUGAUGAUGAUAACAGAUAUGUCAGAAUGCAUGACCUUGUACGUGAUGUUGCUAACCAGAUUGCAUUCCGAGAUGGACACAUCUUAUCAUCGGCAGAAGAUGGGGGUGAGUAUGAGUUAAAAGAAUGGCUAGAUAAGGAUUUCUUCAAGAAGUGCAGUAUGAUGUCUUCACAAUCCAGUACUGUUCCUGCGCUCUCUGAAGUAACCAGGAUACACCCCAAAUUAAAAAUGCUUUAUUUGCACGGUAAAGGUGAUAACUCGGUGGAGAUGCCAUCCAACUUUUUUAGGGAGAUUCAGGAACUCAAAAUGUUGGAUUUAACCAGACUGCAUCUGCUGUCACUACCUUCAUCUCUUCAGUUCCUGAAGAAUAUGCAUGCCUUAUUUUUAAAUCAAUGCACCUUGGGAGACGUUGCUUUAGUUGGGCAGCUAAAUAACUUAGAAAUUCUCAGCUUUUCUCAGUCCAGUGUCAAACAAUUGCCUAAAGAAAUAGGGCAUUUGACUCGUCUUCGGUUGUUGGAUUUAUCUGAUUGCUCUGAACUUGAAGUUAUUUCACCCAAUGUCAUAUCAAGCUUGGAGAGACUAGAAGACUUGAGAAUGAGAAACAGCUUUAACAAGUGGGAGGCUGAAGGUAAAAGAAGCAACGCAAGCCUUUCUGAGCUGAAGUAUUUGUCUCAGUUAUCCGUAUUACAGAUACAUAUUCUGAAUGCUGACAUUCUUCCAGCAAACUUGUUCUCACGCAAGUUAGAAAGAUUCAAUGUUUUUAUUGGGGGCGAGUGGGUUGAGAGAUAUACUCGAAAGACACUGCUAAUGGUUGAGACGACACUCAACACACUAAAACUCAAGCCCACUACCAGCGCUGAAGGAUUGGAUACAGGACUAAAAUUGUUGCUGAAGAUAACUGAAGACUUGUCCUUGGAUGGAACAGAGGGUGUCAAUAAGGUGCUCGAUAAAUUAGAUACUCAAGAUUUGGAGCAUUUGAAACAUUUGCAAGUCCAAAACAAUGUUGAUAUAAGAUAUCUCAUUAACAGGGAGGUUCUGUUGCGUAACUUAAUAAGCUUAACUGUUCACCGAUGUGAUGGUUCAAGUUUCUUAUUGUCACCUUCUAUGGCAAGAAGUUUUGUACAACUCAAACAUCUUGUAAUAUCAGAAUGUCAAAUCAUGGAAGAGAUAGUAUCGACAAAAGAAUACAGUGAAGAAAACAAGGAUAACAUGUUUCCUAAGUUGGAGAAAUUGGAGCUAAGUGAUCUUCCUCACCUCACUAGAUUCUGCUCGGGAGGUUACGUUGAAUUUGCAUUUUUGGAGAGAUUGCAACUAGAGAAGUGUACCAAGUUGGAGACUUUCAUCUCUAAUCAUGAGAGUGCUGCACCACAAUUUCUUUUUGACGAGAAGAUAGGAUUUCCAAGGCUGGAGAUAUUGACCUUCAAUGACUUACCUAAGCUGACAACAAUGUGGCACGCCCAAAUUGCUCAAAACUCUUUUUGCAAACUCAGGGACGUUACAGUUCGACGAUGCAAUAGUCUUAAAAGCAUUUGUCCAGACUCAAUAAUAGCUGGAGCUUUUCAGGAGCUACAAAAUUUGACAGUGGAGGACUGUGCAGUGGAGGAAAUAGUUGCCAAGGAAGAGGGACUACGAAAACAAAACCACGAUAAGUUCUUCCCAAAGCUAGAGAGAGUGUUUGGAACUUAA